ACAAAAUCCAACAAGAACCCUUCAAUGAGCACCACAGGUUAAUGCAGGACACGGCCAGGCACUUCCAGGAUGCUAAAGUUUAUUGUACUGCUGGCGCUGUGGGCGGAGCUCACUGUCUCUACUGGGCGAUGGUGUGAGCGAACCAUCCAGGUCACUGAGGAGGAAGUCAUUCAUCCCAGGCAAGAGCAACUGGUUCCCUGUUCCAGGGUCUUUCAGUACAAUAUGGGGGCUUGGCAGCUGGACCAGGAACGCAUGCGGCGAGAGUAUGGGGGAGACGCUGGGAUAGCGAAAUAUUACUCUGAGAGAGGGUCGGCAUCCAUGUGCUACAUAUACAAGCCGGAGGACACGCGACCCACCGUGUGGAACCGAACCGUGAUGGCGUGCUGUGAGGGCUGGCGAGGGGAACACUGCACUGAGGGAGAGGGCUUCCUGGGUCGCUGUUUCUCCAGCUGGAAUUGUCAGGACAUCCAGAGCCCACGUAACAUCACCCUCAUGAGCAUGGACCAAUGCUGCGCACACCCCUGGGGACACAGCUGGAAGAACAUCACGUCUGAGUUCUGCUUUAGCUGCUCAUACGUGGCACCAACAGAUGUGUUCCCGUCUCCGCUGCUGAUGAAGCCAUAUUUCUCCACUGCUUUGGUUGGUGCCUCUAUGCAUCAGAAGAGAUUAUUUGCCACGUGCGUGACGUGGGGAGGAUUUCACUUUCGCACAUUUGAUGGAAAACAUUUUAACUUCCAUGGAGGUUGCACGUAUAACCUGGCUUCUUCCACUGAUUCCACGUGGGCCAUUCAGAUCUCCAAGGAUUCCUGCGUCAGAACUGGCCACUGUCCUAAAGUUCUCCAAAUGAUAUUCGGUUUGGAUGAGGUUGUGGUAAACAAAGGCACGGUUUCUGUAAACAAUGUAAAUAUACCGGACGGAAAGCCCCAUCUGCAUAAUGGGAUUAGUGUCCUGUGGCUCGGGGAAUUCGUGUUUGUGGAGAGUGGACUGGGCGUGAGAGUAAAGUCUGACAGAAUGGCUAACAUCUAUGUGACUGUGACCUCUGACCUCUUGGGCCGAACAAAUGGACUCUGUGGAACCUACAACGAGGAUCCUGAGGACGACUUCACUGAAGUUGGAGGCAGCAUUUCUGGUCACCCAGCCGGGUUUGGAAAUUCAUGGAGAAUCCGAGGAAUCAGCAUGGAGAUGUGUGAUGAGGCUGCAGAGACUGGCCACAGUUGUGAGGUUCCUGGGAGGGAUGCCAUAAGGAUGGAGGCUGAAGUUGUCUGUAAAAAGCUCCUCAGUGUCCCCUUCAGCCAGUGCCACCACAAGGUGGAUCCCAGUGGGUUUUAUGACACCUGCUUGUACUCAUACUGCCAGGAUUCUGGGGCCAAACCUGACAGAAUAUCUUCCAUCUGCCAGACCUUCACCAGCUAUGCCCGAGAAUGCGCCCAACAUAAAAUCCUCAUAGACUGGCGAAAAGCCGGUUUCUGCGAGAAGGCCUGUCUGGCAGGGAAGCUGUAUUCAGACUGCGUGUCCUCCUGCCCGGCCAGCUGUGCCGCUGUGGGGAGCUAUGAGGAUGGCCAGUGCCGGGACGAGUGCGUGAGUGGGUGUGAGUGCCCCACGGGGCUUUACCUCGAGGAAGGCAUCUGUGUGAAGGAGCAGGAUUGUCCAUGUUACCACAGAAGACAGAGAUACUCACCUGGUGACACCAUCAAUCAGAGAUGCAACCAAUGUCUGUGCCGCGGGGGCCGCUGGCUUUGCUCACAGGAGAAGUGUUCGGCGGAGUGUUCGGUGGUGGGAGAUUCUCACUACAUCACUUUCGAUCGCAAGCGGUUUUCUUUCCAUGGGAGCUGUGACUACGUGCUGGUGCAGGAUCAUAUCGAUGGGAAGCUGCAUAUCACUGCGGAAAACGAGGCCUGCGUCAACGCAGCGUCAGAGAGCUGUCUGCAAGCAAUCACCAUCACUGCUUACAAGACGACUGCCAAACUCCGAGCCACAGGGGAGCUCACAGUGAACAAUAAGGAGGUUUCCUCGCCUUUCCUCAAUCCAGAUCUCUCUGUGAGACGAGUUUCCUCCUCCUUCCUCCUCCUGCAGACAUUUGGAGCCCAUGUUCUGUGGAAUUUAGAGUUUCCGGCCGCGUACAUCACUCUGCAGCCUGCAUUCUCUAACAAGGUUCGAGGUCUGUGUGGGACAUUAAACUGGAACCAGAAUGAUGAUUUCACCACCCCUGAGGGAGACAUCGAGACCAGCAUCCCAGCGUUCGCCAAUAAAUUCAAGGUUUCCCCCGACUGCCCUGAUGUGGAGCCCUUUACAAUUGACCCCUGCGGGACAUACACACAACGCAGAGAUUUUGCUGAGGAAGCCUGUGCCGUCAUUUCCGGCUCCAUGUUCCAGUCCUGCCAUGAUGUGGUAGAGUGGGAGCCAUUUCAUCAGUUCUGCCUAUACGAUGUGUGUGGCUGUGCCCAAGAAAAGAAUUGCCUUUGUAGCUCAGUGUCAGCCUAUGCAAGGCAGUGUGCCCAGGAGGGAGUGCCAGUGUCCUGGAGAAAUGAGACAUUCUGCCCCAUUCAGUGCACCGGGGGCCAGGUUUACAUGGAGUGCUCGACUCCCUGCCAGAAAAUGUGUGCCGACCUCCGCAUGGUGGGGUCUGGGUCUUGCCAGGAGCUGGACGGCUGUGUGGCGGGCUGUAACUGCCCCGAAGGUCUGGUGUUGGACGACAGUGGGCAGUGUGUCCUGCCCGCCAUGUGUCAGUGUCAUCACAUGGGGAAGACCUACCAGCCAGGGAGCAAAAUCCACAAAACUUGUAACAGCUGUGUCUGUGUAAAUGGCAUGUGGGACUGUACAGAUACCAGCUGCCCCGACGUGGCGUACUGCCCUGGGAACAUGGUCUACAAGUUUGGCUCCUGUCUGCAGACAUGCGAGACCCUGGCACAGAACAAGACGUGUGCGGAGAGCGUGGACGGGUGUCUGUGCCCAGACGGCACUGUACUCAUGAAAGAUCAAUGUAUUUCUCCUGAAGACUGUCCAUGCCACCAUCACGGGAGGCUUUACCACCCCAACGAGACCAUUGUGAAGGACUGUAACAGCUGUGUGUGCAAGAACCAGCACUGGGAGUGCACCGAUAUCCAGUGUGCCGGGCUCUGUGUUGCCACGGGGGACCCUCAUUAUAUCACAUUCGAUGGCCGCUCAUUCACAUUCCUGGGCGACUGUCAGUAUGUGCUUGCACGAGAGAUUAGCGGCCUCUUCACCGUAACGGCUGAGAAUGUGCCCUGUGGCACCAGCGGAACAACCUGCACCAAAUCCGUGGUGGUGAUGAUCGGAAACACAAUCAUCCACCUUAUGAGAGGAAAAGAAGUGAUGGUAAAUGGCGUGGCUGUGCGGCUCCCCAAGGUGUAUAGUGGGAAUGGUGUUACACUUGAACAAACCGGUUUAUUUACUGUAGUGAUCUUCAACCUGGGGCUGAGCGUUUUGUGGGAUGGAGGUACCAGGGUUUACGUUAAAUUAGACCCGGGGUUCCAGGGUCGUGUCAGUGGUUUAUGUGGUAACUUCGAUGGAGACACAGAGAACGACUUCAUGAGUCGACAAGGAAUUAUCGAGCCCACCUCUGACCUGUUUGGAAACAGCUGGCGAAUGAGCUUGAUGUGUCCUGAAGUCCACAGCGAUGAUUUUCAGCAUCCUUGCACAGAGAACAGUCAUCGUGUUACCUGGGCCAGGAAGCGUUGCGGAAUUCUCAUGCAUGAGUUGUUUUUGCCCUGUCACCAGGAGGUGCCCUGUCAGCAGUAUUAUGACUGGUGUGUCUACGAUGCUUGUGGUUGUGAUUCUGGAGGGGACUGUGAGUGUCUGUGUACAGCCAUUGCAACCUACGCUGAGGAGUGUAACCGUCACGGCGUGUAUAUACGCUGGAGGACACAGGACUUGUGUCCCAUGCAGUGCGAUAAUGGGCUCAUUUAUGAAGCCUGCGGUCCUGCGUGUCCUCGGACCUGCAAGAACCCGGCCCUGGAUCCUGGGGAGCUCUGUGCGUUCCGCUCCUGCGUUGAAGGAUGUUUCUGUCCAGAGGGUAAAGUACUUCACGAGGGUGGCUGCAUUGAGCCCGCGGAGUGCCCGUGUUACUGGGGUGGCAUGCCCUUCCCGACAGGCGCCACUGUGACACAAGGCUGCAAAAACUGCUCCUGCACAGAGGGCCGGUGGCGAUGUCCGUUGGAGCCCUGCUUAGCUCCCUCUCUAUGUGAGGAGAAUGAGUUUAGUUGCUCCCUGAGCGAGCGAUGUGUCCCCAAGGCCUGGGUCUGUGACAAUGAGGAUGACUGCGGAGAUGGAUCGGAUGAGAUCUGCUCUCUGACCUGUGCCCCCCAUGAGCACCGUUGUGCUAAUGGACAGUGUGUUCCACUUGCCCACCGCUGCGAUGGCAAAGCUGACUGUGUAGAUCACUCAGAUGAGUGGAGCUGCCUUACUCCGGCAUGUAGUACAAGUGAAUUUCGCUGCGCCAAUGGGCGUUGCAUCCCUCUUGCUCAUGUCUGCGAUGGAGACCUGGACUGUGGCUUUGCUGAUGGCUCUGAUGAAUCAGGCUGUUCUUCUGGAUGUAGUUCUGCUCACUUCCGUUGCUCCCUGGGUAAAUGUUUGCCUUACCUUCACCGCUGUGAUGGACAUGAUGACUGUGGGGAUUUCAGUGAUGAGAGGGGCUGUAUCUGCGGCACAGAGGAGUUUCAGUGUGCAGAUGGGCUGUGUGUGUGGAAGGAGAAGGUGUGUGAUGGCGAGCAGGACUGCGCCUCAGGAACGGACGAGCUGAUCUGCUCAGGAUUAGGGACCUGUGCUCCGGGGCACUGGACUUGCAGUGAUGGAUUGUGUAUUGGAAGCCAUAGACUGUGUGAUGGGACAGCUGAUUGCAGCGAUGGAUCUGAUGAAGAUAAAGCACAAUGUAUGAGCAGUACGCCGCCAUCACAAAAUAUAACAGGAAACGAUUCCACAAAGACAAUCUUACCCUCUGGGGAACGAACUGCAGGCUCUCCCUGUGGUCGAUAUGAAUUCCAGUGUGGCAGUGGGGAGUGUCGGCCUCGGGGCUGGCUGUGUGAUAACGAAGUGGAUUGUAUGGAUGGGAGUGAUGAGCAGCACUGUAAUCGCACUUGUGAUAUUGAUCAAUUUAAGUGCACACAUAGUGGGGAGUGUGUGGCCUAUGGCCAGCUAUGUGAUGGCAUCCCCCAUUGCCGAGACCAAUCAGAUGAGAGCACUGACAACUGCGGGUCUCCGCAGAUUCCACCAUGUCCCGGACACUUUAUUUGCAGCAACAGGAUGUGUGUUAAUAUUUCCCAGGUGUGUGACGGAGAUCCUGACUGCCCCCAGGGAGAGGAUGAGAUGGAUUGUGAUAAAAGCACACUGACUGCAGCUCCCACCAGGGACAUGUCCCAGCCCGUCCCGUCCUGCCCCGAGUACUCCUGUACGCGAGGCCGAUGUCUCCGAUACAAACAGGUAUGUAAUGGGAUCCCGGAUUGUGGCGACGAGAGUGAAGAAUCGGGCUGGGUGUCUUCUGAUGAGAGAGAUUGUGGUUUCUGGAGCCCGUGGGCCACGUGGACUGACUGCAGCCGUACAUGUGGCUCAGGAACUCAGAGCCGUCACCGCCUGUGUACCAACCCGUCAACUGAUGUUCUACGGCAAUGCCGAGGGGAGGACAGACAGACACAGCAGUGCUUCACGGUGUCCUGUCCAGUUAAUGGACUCUGGACUCCAUGGACUACAUGGUCUAACUGCAGCCAGGAUUGUUCUGGGAUUGUAAUCCGCCGCAGGGAUUGUGUUUCCCCUCAGAAUGGUGGUCUUCAGUGCUCUGAACUGCCUGACUCGUCCCCUGCAACUAUGGUUAUUGACGUGUGCCAGCACGAUGGCUGCCCGGUGCCCAAGACCUGCCCUGCAGAGCUGGAACACAAGCCCUGUGCCCCAUGCCCUCUCACCUGCUCUGAUUUAUCCAAUAAGAAGAUCUGUCAGCAAAACGCGCCGUGUGUCUCUGGGUGCUGGUGUCCAGACGGGCUGAUCCUGGACUCUCUCAAUCACUGCGUUCGCCCUGAGGAAUGUCCCUGCGAGGUGGAUGGGGUCACAUAUGGUCCUGGGCAGCCAGUUAAAGUGAACUGCCAGAUCUGCACCUGUCAGGAUGGACAACUGAAACAGUGCCAGCAAAACCCAGAAUGUGCCGUGCACUGUGGAUGGUCUGCCUGGUCUCCUUGGGGAGAAUGUUUGGGACCAUGUGGAGUGCAGAGUAUACAGUGGUCUUUCCGCAGCCCAAACAACCCCAGCAAGCAUGGCAAUGGGAAGCAGUGCAGAGGGAUCUACCGCAAGGCUCGGAGGUGUCAGACGGAUCCAUGUGAGGCCUGUUCACAUCAAGGGAAGACGCACAACAUCGGAGAUCGCUGGAAAUGGGGCGAGUGCCAUGUGUGCCAGUGUUUGCCUAAUCUGACUGUUCACUGUUCCCAGUUCUGCCAGUUUGCCAAUGCUGGGUGUCCAGAAGGACAAUUCUUGGUGGCGGAGACUGGAGAUUCGUGUUGUUACUGUUCACAAACAGCUCCAAACAGGACAGGAGAGUCCAGCCCACACUUCACUAGUCAACCUACCAGAACACCUGUCCCAGAGCUUAUCACCUACCCUCUGCCGACUACUGAAAAUGAUUGUUACAGACCACUGAGGAUUUCAUCAUUACCAGACAGUAGUUUCACAGCCUCGUCACAACAUGCCGGACACCCCGCCUACGCGGGGAGACUGAACCAAUUCUUCUCAGGGACUGAAUUUCAGGGAUGGAGCCCACAAGUCAGUGAAUACCAGGCCAUUCCUUCCAGGUUACCCUACCUUCAGAUUGACCUACGGCAGCCGUGGAACCUCACAGGUAUCGUGGUACAGGGAUCGGGUGUGUCCAAUGCCUAUGUUACCAGCUUUCUUGUGCAGUUCAGCAUAGAUCAGAGAAGCUGGCAUGACUACAAACAGAUUUUUCAGGGUGUCGCUGAUGGCACCACCCCUGUUGCACGAAGUUUUGAGAAGAUGAUCUGGGCCCAGUAUGUUCGUAUACUCCCCCAGACCUUUCAAGGUGGAAUAUUCCUGCGAACGGAGCUGCUUGGCUGCGGAGAAGUGCCCAAAGAGUUCCCUUUUACCCCCACCACACCCAAGUCACCCGAGGAGUUAUGCCGCCCGGGGCAAUUUCAGUGCCACAAUGGACGCUGUGUUUCAGCUGGAGCGAAUGGAGUAGUUUGCAAUGGGAUCAAUGACUGUGGAGACCAGUCUGAUGAGAUCUACUGCGGCACGGCCCCCGCCCCGCUGUCCCCGGCACGGUGGGGCUGCCAGCGAUCCCAGUUUUAUUGUAAGGCGUCUGGAAACUGUAUUGAGGUGACUCAGCGCUGUGAUGGUCGCCCAGACUGCUCCGAUGCAGCUGACGAGACUGGUCCAUGUGACGGGUCACUUGGAUUGGAAGAUGGUCGCGUACGUUACCAGCAGCUCACCGCCUCAUCGUACAAGGAGAACAAUCCCCCCGACGCUGGGCGCCUGAACAUUGUGCCAAACAUAUUGAACAUUGUGCCAGGAUGGAGCCCUCUCGAUACAGACCAUGAUCCAUACCUUCAGAUAGAUUUCCUCCAGCCGACUUUCAUCUCCGGUGUCAUUGUUCAGGGAGGCCGACAGUCUGGUGGCUUUGUCACCAAGUUCCGACUGAUAUACAGUGAUGACGGACUGACCUAUUACAAUUACACUGGAGGGGCGCUUGGUACCACCAUGAGUUCCGAGGUUUUGGAUGGGAACACAGACAGCAACACCCCGGUGAGAAGGGAACUAAACCGCCCCUUGUUGACCCGCUUUCUGCGCAUCCUUCCAGUGGAGUAUAACAAGGCGAUAUACCUGCGCAGUGAGAUCCUCGGCUGCCAUUAUGUUGAACCCACUGUUUCUCCUUUGUAUGAGAGUUUGAAACCUGUGACACAAGCAGCUACCAUUGUCACCCUUCGAGGUUCGUCAAAGCCAUCUCACUGCCGCCCUGGCGAGUUUGAGUGCCACAGUGGCGAGUGUCUGAACGCCUCCAGCACCCUGUGUGAUGGAAAAAACGACUGCCGGGAUUAUUCUGAUGAGGAAGGAUGCGAUGGGUUUACGUUUGGAUAUAUAGAUGAGUUUACGUCUGGAUAUAUAGAUGGGUUAAUGUCUGGAUAUAUAGAUGGGUUUAUGUCUGGAUAUAUCGAUGGGUUUACGUCUGGAUAUAUCGAUGGGUUUACGUCUAGAUAUAUAGAUGAGUUUACGUCUGGAUAUAUAGAUGGGUUUACGUCUGGAUAUAUCGAUGGGUUUACGUCUGGAUAUAUAGAUGGGUUUACAUCUGGAUAUAUAGAUGGGUUAAUGUCUGGAUAUAUCGAUGGGUUUAUGUCUGGAUAUAUCGAUGGGUUUACGUCUGGAUAUAUCGAUGGGUUUACGUCUGUAUAUAUCGGUGGGUUUACGUCUAGAUAUAUAGAUGAGUUUACGUCUGGAUAUAUAGAUGGGUUUAUCUCUGGAUAUAUCGAUGGGUUUACGUCUGGAUAUAUCGAUAGGUUUACGUCUGGAUAUAUCGAUGCGUUUAUGUCUCGAUAUAUAGAGGAGUUUAUGUCUGGAUAUAUAGAGGAGUUUACGUCUCGAUAUAUCGAUGGCUUUACGUCUGGAUAUAUCGCUGGGUUUAUGUCUGGAUAUAUCCGUGGUUUACGUCUGGAUAUAUCGAUGGGUUUACGUCUCAAUAUAUUGAUGGGUUUACGUCUGGAUGUAUCGAUGGGUUUACAUCUGGAUGUAUCGAUGGGUUUACAUCUGGAUGUAUCGAUGGGAGUUGCCCUUACAUCUGAGACUGUGCCAGAUACAGUUUCUUCAGGAGAUGUCCUAGAGUCGACCUCUCAUCUGCCUGGCACUUUUAGACCUGGAGAAAUUGGGGAACCUGGUGUACAUUUACUUUCAAAACCUACUGGUAGUCCAGGGUUAUUAAGUGAGAAACCCGAACAUGAAACAACACCAGAUAUAGAAAGUACUGGAGAGCCAGGUAUUCAAGACAAGCAUCAAGUCAGUGGAAAACCUGGUAUUCGUGUCCCUGAGAGACCAGAACACCGAUUGGAACCAGAACAGUCUGUGACAGAGAGUACAGGACUUGGACAGUAUUCAUUUGGUCCUAUUGGACCUUUGUCAACAGAAUCAAACAGGGGAGUGACGUUGAGUCCAGAAAAAAGAACACCUCAAUUGGCUGCCAUCACAUCAAGCCAAUGGAAAACCCCUGUAGGAAGUCCUGGAGUUAACACCAGGACAUACCCAACCGGCAUAUCUGAUCUAGCCACACAAUUUCCUGGUAAGCACGAGUGGAUGUUGAAUACCAAACCAUAUGUAGGUGCAAGUCCACCACAGGCUGUGCCAAACCUGGGUAUAGGAAAGGGGGAAUCAGCUACAGGGCUUGUAAAUACUCAGACAGGUGAAAAUGGGAUAAGUACACACAGGUAUGCUUCAUACCACACUAAAUCAUCUGUACAUGCUGAUGAGAGCACAACCUCUUCUGAACCUUGGCUAAGGACAGGCCAUGCUGGUAGAACAAUGAUACCAAGUAUGCAAGAAAAGGGCUGGAGCACAAUAAUCACUGGAGAAUCAAUAUCACAGAGUAGGUCUGAAUAUCCUUUUAUAGUCAAUGAGCUAAUAGCCAGUGAACCUCCAACAAGGAAACCUGAUUUAGCUACUAGCUCAAGUCCUGGAGAGUGGUGGUCUACAUCAGAAACAGUCUGGACAACUUCCCAUAUCCAGACAGGUGUAACAGUUACCAAUGAGUUGUAUUAUGGAAAGGGAACUCAAAGUUCACUCUACCCAACAGUGAAAACUGCUCCUUGGGCCAGUGAGGCACCAGGUGUGACACUUAUCAAGCCUGAGUAUAUUGUUGUUCCUCAAGGACAUCAUGCCAGCUUGAAGUCUGGUGGUGGUUCAGUCAUUCAUUCGAAGGAGCCCAUUGAGGUUCCACCAGAGAUGGGUCCAGAUGAAGAGGGCUACAUUAGACCAGGGGUCCGUGAAGAACAUCAUGCCACAACUAAAACUGAAGGAAGCAGUAAGGAGAUCUCUGAAUUACCCAGAAGGCUGUGCAGGUUGGACCAGUUUGCGUGCUCAGUGUUCGGGUGUGUGGAUGGCACCUUUGUGUGCGAUGGACAGAAAGACUGCAUCGAUGGGUCCGAUGAGUUACUCUGUGGUACGCCAUCAAUAUAUACUAUUAUAACAUUCCCAACUGCUCAUCCCCGGGUCCCACCUGGUCCCAACGUCUGCUCGUCCAAACAGUGGACAUGCAGCAAUGGAGAAUGUUUCCCCCUUGAGAAGAAGUGUGAUCUACAGAAGGACUGCAGUGACGGCUCCGAUGAGUUUAAUUGUGUGGACUGUAUUCUGUCACCGUGGACAUCUUGGAGCGAGUGCAGCCGUUCCUGUGGGCUGGGGGUGACGUUCAGGCGUCGAGAUGUUAUACGAGAUCGCUUGCCAGGGGGACACUGUGAAGGACCUCAGUUUGAUAGCAAAAGCUGCUUUGUCCAGGCUUGUCCAGUAAAUGGAGGUUGGUCUACUUGGGGAGUUUGGUCGCCUUGUGAUUCCGAAUGUCAGGGUGGAGUCAGAUUUAGAAAGAGGAGCUGCGAGGAUCCACCACCAAAAAAUGGAGGCCGAUCAUGCCAAGGAGAGUCCAUGCAAGCAGAGCCAUGUAACCUGCAUCCCUGUGGAGAAUCUGAAGACUGCGGACCUGAUAUGAUGUAUGUGGAGUCUGGAGCGUGUUCAUUAUCACAACUGGACCCGUGUCCUCUGACAUGUAGUGGGCUAAAUGCAGAGAUAACGUGUAACAGCAGCUGUAUGGAGGGCUGCCGCUGUCUCCAUGGUCUAUAUCUCCAGGAUGGUGGUUGCGUGAAUGUCACCCAGUGCCGCUGUCACACUGAGAAGGGCUCUCGGCUUCAAGGAGAGAGUUUCAGUAAUGAUAACUGCAGUAUAUGCCAAUGCAAGAAUGGCAAAGUAACUUGUGAUGACUCCAACUGUGUGGUUCACUGUGGCUGGUCAGCAUGGUCACAGUGGACUCCAUGUGACCAAAUGUGUGGAGCCGGAAUAAUGGAAAGGUUCAGGUCUCCGUCUAACCCGCCCAGUGCAAAUGGCGGCUCCCCUUGUGAGGGUGACUCAAGGGAAGUUCAGGAAUGUUACACUCCAUGUGCUAAUGAGACAGAUGGUCUGUGGACUCAGUGGACAGCGUGGUCCGCCUGCUCUGUUACUUGUUUCUACGACGUGGAACAUAUCGGUAUAAGAAGGAGAUUCCGUCUUUGCAAUAACACUGUUUCAAACCUGGACAGCCUAUGUCUCGGGGAGUCUGUUCAGGAAGAACCUUGUGACACCCAGCUUUGCCCAGUGGUUGGAGGUUGGUCUCCCUGGAGCUUGUGGACGGAAUGCACUGCACCAUGUGAUUCUGGAAUUCAAACCCGGAAUCGCUCAUGUUCUAAGCCAAUUCCUUCCCAUGGGGGAUCUGAUUGCCAUGGCCCCCAAAUCCAAACCAGGGAAUGCAACUCCCAGCCUUGCAGAGAUCUUUGUCCCCCGGGUAUGAUACACCAGACAGAGGACCAGUGUCGAAGUGGUGGGGGAGCCUGUCCCCGGCUCUGUCUGGAUCAGGCUGCUCAAGUGGAGUGUGCCUCCCUUUGUUAUGAAGGAUGCUACUGUCCAGAAGGACUAUUUUUGCAGAACAGCAGCUGUGUACCCCAGCAUGAAUGCUCAUGUUACCACAAGGGGGAGCUAUACCAACCCGGGGAAACCAUUACCUUGGAUGCUUGUAACAACUGUACCUGUGUGUCUGGUGAUAUGGUGUGCGGAACCCUUCCCUGUCCAGUGGACUGUGGUUGGAGCAGUUGGACCACUUGGAGCUCCUGCAGCAGAACCUGCAAUGUGGGAACUAGACGUCGUUACCGUUCAGGGACAAACCCGCCUGCAGCGUUUAGGGGGCGUCCGUGUGAAGGGUCCAAUGUGGAUAUUGAGUUCUGCAGUUUACAGCCAUGCAAAGGUCCUCUUGGUGAAUGGGGCCCCUGGUCAGAUUGUUCUGUUCCCUGCGGAGGAGGAUAUAGGAAUCGUAGUCUGAUAAGCGUUGUGCUGCGCAGGAUCGAGUUCUCCACAUGUAAUCUAAAUCCAUGUUCUGGUGAGGUGCCAGGUGUGUGUCCAGAAGGCAAAGUGUGGAAAGAGUGCAGUGAGGGACCUUCAUCAUGUGCCAGUCUGGAAACAACUAAUGUUACUUGCCAACCAGGCUGCUACUGCCAGGAUGGAAAGGUGCUGCUGAAUAACCAGUGUGUCCAAAUCUCAGACUGUCCCUGUACGGAGGAUGGAGCCUUUUACCAUCCAGGAGAGACCGUGAGCAGAGACUGCAAUAACUGCACCUGUCUGUCUGGAGAAAUUACCAACUGCACCAGGCUGCUCUGCGAAGCAGUUAAUAGCAGUUGGUCAGAAUGGACACCUUGGAGCGAAUGUUCUGCCAUGUGUGGAGGUGGAUUUAAGAACCGUUACCGUUUCUGCACCGAACCUUCUGGAACUGGUUUACCGUGCGAAGGUCCAGAUCGAGAAGAAUUCCCCUGUAACCUUGAGUUGUGCCCAGAAGCCGGUAACUGGAGUGAAUGGGGAUCAUGGUCCGUCUGCACCAAAAGCUGUGGAGAGGGAGUUAGGAUUCGAACCAGAAGCUGUAACAAUCCAAGUCCACUUGGGGAUGGUGAUUACUGUGAGGGACCUAAAGAAGACACAGAGCCCUGUUUUCUGGCAAAAUGCCCAAGUGUGGAGGCAUCAAACUGCUCGGCGGUUCCUGGCUCAGCGUUCAGUACCUGCGGCCCGUCCUGUCCCAGGUCAUGUGAUGACUUCACGCAUUGCACGUGGCACUGUGAGCCAGGCUGCUACUGCCCAGCAGGUCAACUACUGAGUUCUAACGGCACCGAGUGUGUCCAUCUACAGGACUGCACCUGCCUCGACCUUCUGACUGGUCAACGAUACCAGCCGGGAGAGAGCAUAGCACGAGGGGAUGGCUGUAACAACUGUACCUGUAUGAAUGGCUCCAUGAUUUGUACCAGCCAGCUAUGUGCAGUGUCGGGCGGUUGGUGUGAUUGGUCAGAUUGGACUACAUGUUCCAGGACGUGUGGCGUGGAGAUGGUGACGCGGUAUCGAAGUUGUUCCUGUCCCAAGCCACAGGAAGAAGGCGCGCAGUGUGAGGGCGUACAGCAGUAUUAUGGGAAUGUUGGGGUCCAGCUGGAGAGACGGCGGUGCCCGUCAGCCUCAUUCUGCCCAGUGGACGGAGCCUGGGGAUCCUGGGGUCCCUGGUCCCAUUGUGACGUAUGUGCUGGAGAGUCUGUGAGGACCAGGCAGUGUGAUAGCCCCCCAGUGCGGUUUGGGGGGAUUCCUUGUGACGGGGAAGCAAGACAAACACGAGUUUGUCAUGACAACAGUACCGAGUGUUCAGACUGUGGAGGAGGGCAGAUGUAUUUCGAGUGCAGCAGGAUGUGCCCCCGAACCUGUGAAGAUCUGCAGGGGGACACGGUGUGUUUGGACAAUGUGCAGUGCCUGCCAUCAUGUGGGUGCCCUAUUGGGCAGUUUAUGCAGGACGGGGCGUGCGUGGAACCUGAAGAGUGCAACUGCAAGUUCCGCAGACAGUCACUGGAAGCUUCUGAUUGGAGGAACCAGUCUUCCUGGUCAGGACCUGACCGGUGGCUGAAUGUCCAGCCUGGGGAAAUGGUUUCCAGUCCUUGUCAGAACUGCUCGUGCAUCAAUGGAAGCCUCCUCUGUUCUGUGGAUCCUCUGUGCGUUCUUGAUGGUGGAUGGGGUAUGUGGAGUUCCUGGACCUCCUGUUCCAAGACCUGCGGAGAGGGAAUACAGACUCGAUCUAGAAAUUGUGAUAGCCCCACGCCACAGAAUGGUGGCCGAGCCUGCCAUGGAGCCCAGCAGCAAGAGAGAACUUGUUAUCACGAGCAAUGCCCAGAGUUGGAUCCAUGGAGUGAGUGGUCCCCGUGGUCUUCUUGCAGCGUGUCCUGUGGGGGAGGGGAACAGAUCCGUGUGCGGGAAUGUCGCAGAGAGGAGUGUAAUGGAAAAGCCAUUCAGAGCAAAUCAUGCAAUAACCACGUCUGUCUUGAUGUGGGGUGUCCUCCAGAUCGACUGUACCAAGAAUGUGGACUUGGCGAUGGUUGUCCUUAUAGCUGUGCCCAUCUCACCAACCAGGUGGAGUGUUUCCCAGAAGGAUGUGAGGAGGGCUGCCACUGUCCUGUAGGAACUUACUUCCACAAUGGCUCUUGUGUCACGGAUUGUCCCUGUGUGAUAACGGAUGAAACUAUACAAGGGCUGAAGGAGCAUUCUUCAAAUUCACACAUUAUUCCUGUGCUGACCACAAGCCAUGGAUUUCAAAUCACAGUGGGAGAGGAGACCUUGCCCGGAGAGAAGAUCCAGCAUGAAUGUAGCUCUUGUACAUGUGAGAAUGGACACAUUAAUUGCACCUUUGCUUCUUGUCCACUGGAUGGAGGAUUCUCCUCAUGGAGUCCGUGGAGUCCCUGCUCUGUGUCUUGUGGUGGGCUGGGCAAUACGACCAGAUCACGGAAGUGUUCAAAUCCAGCACCAGCCAAAGGGGGCAGAACAUGUGAAGGACCAACUACUGACAUCAAAUACUGCCUGACGCCAGAGUGCAUAGAUAUGAUGGGACCGUCCGUGGAGCCUCCUCCUGAUGGCACAGGCCCAGGUGGAGGAUUUGGCCCUUGGUCUCAAUGGACCCCUUGUUCCAAAAACUGCACCGACGGUGAGUUCCCUGCAGUGAAAACACGUUCACGAUUCUGUCAAAGAGGAUGGAAUUGUACCGGGGAGUCAUUCCAGGAACAAGUGUGUAACUUGCCCCAGUGUACAGAUAAUGCUCCAUGUGAAGAAGAAGACUGCAGUCUGAGGAAUUGUACAUGGAAUAAAUGGUCAGAGUGGAGCAAAUGUUCUCGAUCUUGUGGAGUUGGGCAACAAAGACGUCUUCGCACCUACAACCCACCAGGAGAAAAAGGCUUGUGGUGUGAGGACAUCCUGACUGGGAACGUGCAGAGGAGAUUCUGUAAUCUAGAGGCCUGUAAAGUGGAUGGAAGCUGGUCAAAAUGGAGCCCGUGGUCCUGGUGUGACCGAACAUGUGGUGGUGGAAAGUCAGUAAGAAGUCGUACAUGCACUAGUCCUCCUCCGAAAAAUGGAGGAACUGACUGUAUUGGGGAAAAAUACCAUGUUCGUAUCUGCAACCCAAAUCCUUGCGCUGAGGGUUGUCCACCUGGCAUGGAGUAUGUGGACUGUGCCAAUAGAUGUCCACGGCACUGCUCUGACUUCCAGCACGGCUUUGUAUGCCAGGAUGGAGAGGUCUGCGAAGCAGGUUGCCGCUGUCCAGCAGGACUUCUGGAGCAGGAUUCGGUGUGCGUUCCAAUCUCACAUUGUGAAUGCACAGAUACUCAGGGCCAGAGCUGGACACCACGCAGUGCCUUCCAGGAAAACUGCAACAACUGCUCCUGCGAGGAUGGCCACCUACUGUGCACCAACCAUACGUGUCCCAGUGUGGACUGCAAAUGGAGUCAGUGGUCAACUUGGUCACCAUGCAGUGUCACCUGUGGAAUUGGCCAACAGACCCGAUUCAGGUCAUCCACCUCUGGGUCACCAAGCGAAGAUUGCCGAAUACCCGAGAGACAAAUCCGACAAUGUCACGAGGGUGUGUGUCCCAGCCUGUGUCCGGAUAAUGACUUUGAAAGGAACAUUGGGGAUGUGUGGCUGGUGGGAGAAUGUCAGCAGUGUAUCUGCACCCCAGAGGGGAACCACUGCCAGGACAUGGAGUGUAGAGUGGAUGGAAAUUGGACUCCAUGGUCCCCGUGGUCUGAGUGUCCAGUGACCUGUGAUGCAGGAGUUCAAAUCCGCACAAGGGCCUGCAUCAACCCUCCCCCACGCAAUAAUGGUUCUGACUGUGAUGGAGCAGAGACAGAGACACAGGAAUGUACCAACAAGCCUUGUGCAGGCAGCGAUUUAUGUGACUGGUCAGACUGGACUCCUUGUUCGCGAACCUGCGGCACAGGAAUAACGAGUCGAAUAUGGAGAUGUGACUGUCCAAUCCCUGAAUCUCCUGACUUAACUUGCAAUACCACUGAGCAUGUGCAGAUGGAGGCGUGUUACACUCAGCCGUGCAAAGGGAGCUGUACCUGGGGCCCGUGGAGUGAGUGGUCUAACUGCUCCUGCCAAUCUCUGGUCCAGCAGCGACAUCGUGAGCUCCAGACCCCUAGCUUUGAAGGGGACCCCUGUGAGCCGCUGGGACGUGACCUUCGAUCCUGUAACCUGUCUGAUUGCUCCGAGUCCAGCUGCCAUCCGCCAUUCCUGUUUAAAUUCUGUGGGUCUCCCUGUGACAGCCUCUGCUCUUCUAAAUGGAGACCGGAGACCUGCCUCGACGUGUCCCAGUGCCAGCCUGGCUGUUACUGCCCAGAGGGAACAUUGGAGCAGAAUGGGGAGUGUGUACGUGCCCAGGAAUGUGGUUGUCUGUACAUAUCACAGUCUGGGAAUACCGGAUCACCGAAGACUGUAUAUAUUCCUCCCGGACAUACUGUGCACAUGGGAUGCAGGGAAUGUAUCUGCCAGCAGGGGGAGCUUCAGUGCAACAGAAAGAAAUGUCAAGGGGAAGCAUUAUUAAGCGAUUGGUCAGAGUGGUCCCCUUGCAGCCCCUGCCUGCCCUCUCAGUUAUUGGAUGUUCCACUCCUGCAUGGCACAGAGCACCCGCCAUUCUCCUCCGUCCAACAGCGACACCGCGUCUGCCUCAACGCCCAAACUGGCUUCCUCUGGAAUGGGUCACCUUCAGCAUGUUCAGGGGAGGUCACACAGGAGAGACUGUGUCCUGACAAGAGGAUAUGUGAAGAUCUCUGCAUCUGGAGUGAGUGGGGGGAGUGGAGCGCAUGCCGAGCACCCUGUAGUGGAGGAUUUCGAGUUCGCUGGCGUCAUGUUCAUCACCCGGUGGGCAGCAGACUGUGUGAGGGUCCACGAUUCCAGUCAGAGAGCUGCAAUACAGCAGCAUGCCCAGGUGAGGAAUGUGAAGACCGUGGAAAGGCUCUUAAGAUGUCCUGUGCAAACCAGUGUCCACGUGCUUGUGCAGACCUAUGGAAACACGUGGAAUGUCUUCAGGGGCAGUGCCGAACAGGGUGCCGUUGUCCAGAGGGUUGGCUACUGCAGGACAGGAAGUGUGUGCCAGUCUCUGACUGUAGGUGCGGCCUGCCCACUGCUAACGCUACCAUCGAGUAUAACCCUGGCGACACUGUGCUCGUUGAAUGCAAUAAUUGUUCCUGUGUGAAUGGGACCUUCACCUGUACACAGCUGGCCUGUCCAUCCCACGGACCCUGGACUGACUGGGAUCCCUGUUCUGCGAGCUGUGGUGGUGGACACAGACAGAGGACCCGCACAUGCUCACAGAGGAGCCCCAAUGGAGCACCCUGCGGGAAUGAUACAAUGGAAGUGGAAGAGUGUAACAGUGAAGCGUGCCCAGCUGAUUGUGUUUUGAGUGAGUGGUCAGAAUGGACAGAGUGCAGCGCUAGUUGUGGAGGAGGGGUAUCCGAGAGGAACAGAACCAUCAUUGUACCAGCCGAUCCUGGGGGAAAAAUAUGCACCACCCCAUUGGUUCUUCACAGAUCAUGCAACGUACACAGCUGCACCCCAGAAUGCCCUAAAGGACUAGUUUAUAGUGUCUGUGCCAAUUCCUGUCCACACUUCUGCACCGAUCUUCAGCCUUAUACCCAAUGUUUAGGGGAGACUUGUGAACCGGGGUGCACCUGCCCUCCAGGAAUGGUGCUACAGGAUGGAAACUGUGUGAGCCCAGAGAAUUGCACCUGUUUCCUGGAAUCCUCACUCAAUGCGACCUGGGCAGGAAAUCUGUCACUGGAAGAGAGAACACGGGAGUACACAGCGGGUUCAGUAAUAUACUAUCAGUGUAAUAACUGCACCUGUAAUAUGGGAGCUUUUAGCUGUACCCAAGAGGACUGCAAUGUUAACUGUCUAUGGUCCCAGUGGACUGAGUGGUCUCCUUGCUCAGCAACCUGUGGAAGUGGGGUCGAAGUGUCACAACGUUACCAGAUCCAGCAUCGGCUCUAUGAGGGAAAGGAGUGUACAGGUUCCUCUACCCGCCAGAGAACAUGUACUCAAGCAGACUGCAGUUGCCCUCAUGGGGAGCGAUGGAGAAGACAUAUCCCUGAAGCGGGGUUUUGUGAACGGACAUGUCAGGAAAUUUACGAUGAUCCCCUCAGUAACUGCAGUGUUGGUGGGUCUCAGGGCUGUGUGUGUGAAGCGGGGAGAUACCGGAGUAGCAGAGGGGUGUGUGUACCAGCCGCUCACUGUGAGUGUGAACACGAUGGACACGUUUAUCUGCCUGGCACAGAAUGGCAGGAUGGGUGUGAGACGUGUCGCUGUGUCAAUGGGCUAAGGGUCUGCUCUGCGGGAUGCCCCCCUCUGCACUGCAUGGAGGGGGCCGUUAAAGUGCUGGAGCCGGGAGAUUGCUGUCCUGUUUGCCGUAAAGUAAUAACAGACGAGUCACUCUGCCAGCUUCACACUGAGCUCCGGAAUAUCACCAAGGGUGGCUGCCGACUGGACCAGGUGGAGGUCAGCUUCUGCAGAGGGCAAUGCAUGUCCUGGACACAUGUUCUUCCAGAGGAGCCCUAUCUGCAGACAGUGUGUGAUUGCUGCAGUUACCGUCUGGACCCAGUGAGUCCAGUCCGAAUUCUCAACCUGGAGUGUACAGAUGGAGAGACGGAGCCAGUUGUUCUCCCAGUAAUUCACAGCUGUGAGUGCAGCGGCUGCCAGGGGGGCGAUUUCUCCAGACGUUGAUCCGAGUCCCAUCAUGUCCAAGGAUUGCCUGCCUUCCUGUAUUCUGGAUGUAAAUAUGGAUUGAGGCAGAUUCGCUGAUAUCUGCGGUUACUCUGUAUAUAACUCAAUGUAAUAAA